AUGCGUCUCCUAACCGUCCCUACUCUCCUUUGCUGUGCACGGCUCGCGCAGUCUGGCAUCAUCGAGCGAACAUGGAGGGAAAGUCCAGAGACUUACUUAGCUACAAAUGACGGGCAGCAAGAGGCGUUCCCAAAUAUCAGGGCGGGAGCAGGCGAAGCGGUGGCACGGUCUCACCUACCACCAAGUUUACGUGACACGUUGGAUGCGAUAGAGGUGAUGCAAGACACAUAUUUUGACCUGUUCUCGGGAACUUGGCCUGACGCCAUUGAUUGGACCGCAGCUGUUAUUGGAACACAUGUUUCGGCUACACUAUCCAGCAUUAUCGCCUCCAUUGAUAUAUCCUCUAUAGCUAGCUGCUCUGACCUGGUGUCAUGGCAGAAUACUAUAGAUCGAUACUUUGCCCACACCUCUAUCUUCUACUUCGGCGAAAACGCCUUCUCCUUGCGGAAUCAGGCUUUUGAUGACAUGCUGUGGGUCGUUCUUGGCUGGCUCGAGAACGUCAAAUUUGUCGAGUUGUAUUCGCUGAAGCAUUGGGAUUUUGUACAAUCUGGUCAUCGAUCACUGUCCCCCGCCGGAUGGCACGGCCUCCAAUUUACUCCUAUGGCAGCUCAUCGCGCCCGCGUUUUCUAUGAUCUUGCAUCAAAUGGCUGGGACGACUCUCUUUGUGGAGGAGGAAUGACCUGGAACCCAUACCUCACGCCCUACAAAAACGCAAUCACCAACGAGCUUUUUACCGCUGCGAGCAUUGCAAUGUACUUGUACUUUCCCGGUGAUAACAAUACCUCCCCAUAUAUGACACAGGGCCAAUACGAUUAUGCGAAGCCGCAUGAUGCUUUGCAUUUGGAGAAUGCAGUAAAAAGUUAUAAAUGGCUUCGGGAAAGCCAGAUGACAGAUGAUGCCUCGGGCCUCUACCAGGAUGGCUUUCAUAUAUCUGGCUGGCGCCGUUACCCAAAUGGCACCAUAAACCCCGGUACUGAGCAGUGCGAUGAACUCGACCCAAUGGUUUACACCUACAACCAAGGUGUGAUCCUGUCCGCCAGUCGAGGCCUUUGGAUCGCUACUGGUGCUCGAAGUUACCUUGAUGAUGGGCAUGCCUUGGUCGACAAUGUCGUCAAGGCCACUGGAUGGCCAAACACUGAUGCCACCUGGGCUGGCUUGGGCAGAGGCGGUGUUCUGGAAGAGUUCUGUGAUCACGGUGGCUACUGCAGCCAAAACGGACAAACCUUCAAAGGCAUCUUCUUUCAUCACCUAUCCGAAUUCUGUCGUCCCUUGUGGCCCCAGGAAGAAGCGUUCACGUCCGCAGAAGGCACGCAGUUUGACGAGGAGGUAUAUCAAUACCAUCUUUCCCGUUGCAGUGCUUACGAAAAAUGGAUUUCACACAACGCAGCAGCAGCUUCAGCAACCAAAGACGGCCAUGGUCGCUUUGGUAUGUGGUGGAAAUUUGAAGAACCCAGCCAGGACACAAUGUCAAUCAUUGAGCAAAGUACCACUCUUGCUCCAGGGGUCAUUGACUAUCUUAACCCUGUCCCGAACAGUUGGCCUCCACAACCAAUACAUGGCACAGAUACUAAUGACAGAGGGCGGGGCCGAACAGUGGAGACGCAGAGUGGAGGACUAGCUGUGCUGCGGGCAAAAUGGAAUUGGGAAGCUCAUCUCAGCCAGAUCUCUGCAUAG